AUGGGCUACCGCCCGCGGCCCGUUCACUUUGUUCAUGUCCAGUCAAACCUCGUUACAGGAAAGUUUCCGUUAGCUGUGGUCCCUGCGCUACCCAUUGAAAAUGUAGACAUGAUUUUAUGUAAUGAUUUGGCAGGGGGCAUGGUGUUUCCUCCCCUGUUGGAUGCGGUUCUGUCCCCGCUUGUGUGUGCCUCUGAUCGUCAGAUGCCCACGGGUUGUGCUGUGGCGCACACCCGUCCUCCAGAACAGUGCGGUUGUAGUCUGCCCGCCAGUCAAGUGAAACCACGGGUACCGCCGCACUUUACUCCACCCGCCACUUCUGUACGGAAGCACAAGGCUAGGGCCACCAGGCUUCGGUCAGGUGAGCGGCACUGUCAGCACCAUGGAAAGCGUUUUGGCUCUCGCUCUGCAAGUUUCAGUUCGCGGCCUUGA